AUGACAAUAGCCUCGAUCCUGACGCCGCACUGGGUGUCGUACUCGGUGACGGCCGACAACACGGGGUCGACCUUCACCAAGCACAUCGGUUUGCACACGAGCUGCUCGUCGGUCGACGAACCGUCCUGCCGGCCCUUCCCCACCGACGACGACUGCCGCGACGACAAGUUCUUCUGCUCCAUGUGGCGCAGCAGCGGCUUCCUGCUGUCCUUCGCCACCAUCGUCGAGCUCGCCACCCUCAUCACCUUCCUCGUCGUCAUGGCCGGCGGCAAGUACAAGCGCGAGAUGGGCUGGAAGCUGAUCGGCGGCUUCCUGAUGGCCGAUGCUGUGGUGGAGUUUGCGAGCAUGGGCAUUGUGGCCUAUCUCUUCGACAACGACUCCCAGUUCGCCAUUCCCGGGUGGGAGCUCGACUGGUCCUUCGUCCUGUGUACCAUCAGCGCCAGCGUGUCGGUCUUGAUAGCAGCAAGUCUGGCCGCCUCGGCUUGGGUUCUGCCGCCCGAGGACGACUACGAAUACCUCGACGAUCCCGAAGAUCCCUUCGAUGCGUAA